UAUAUCUUUGAUGAUUUUCUAGGAAAGGCUGAGCACCAUAAAAUUUUCAAUAACUUGAUAAAUCUCAAUCAUCUCAAGUAUCCCCUUCUCUUUCUUUGAUAUAUUAUCAAGCGCUCGCUUCUUUCUCUUCUUUUUUACUCACAAGUUACAAGUCUACUGUUAGUUCCUUGAGAGAAACACAAACAGAUGGAGUGUAUAAUGACCAUCUUGCAGAUGUGCUCCAGAUCGUUAACAUUUUCUUCUCCGUCAUCUGCUGCAGCUGCUGGUGGUGAUGAUGAUGAUGAUGGUAUUGAAGCUAAUAUCCCCCCUCGUCGGGAAAAGUAUGAUGUGUUUAUCAACUUCAGAGGUGAGGACACCCGCCGUGGUAUUACCAGCCAUCUUCAUGCUGCCUUACUUCAGAAGAAAAUUGAAACCUACAUAGAUUACAGACUUCAGAGAGGAGAAGAAAUCAGACCUGCCCUUCUAGAGGCAAUUGAGAAAUCCACGCUUUCGGUGAUCAUUUUCUCACAAAACUAUGCUUCUUCCACAUGGUGUUUAGAUGAACUCGUGCAUAUACUCGAGUGCAAGGAAAGAAAUGGCCAGAAGGUUAUACCCGUAUUCUACGACAUCAAUCCAUCUGAUGUACGAAAACAACACGGGAGUUAUGCGAGUGCAUUUGCUCAACUUGAAAAACGUUUCAAGGACAAUAUUGAUAAGGUGCACAAGUGGAGGGAUGCUUUGACGACUGCAGCCAAUCUAUCUGGGUUUGAUUAUCCAAACAAAGGCGGUGCCUGGAGUAUGCAUGAAGGUAACCUGGCACGAAUAUCAAGACGUCAUGUACUAUCGUCGCCUGGGCUGAGGUCCAAUUUGGUCGGGAAGUGGCCUAAAAACACCAUAGAUAGUUGGAACCCUAAAAUGGGUGUUGUUUGAAUCGUUGUAAAAUCAAACCCCGACGCCCUAACAAGUGUUUGGGCCUUGUUCCUGGGUUCAAGGAGAGUCUAUUGCAAUGGUCGAGGGAAAAAACUUCAAAAACGACCGAUCCCUAUCGAAUACUCAAGGACCCAUCAAUGGAGUUCUUUGCUCAUCAAGUUUGUGUGGAGAUUGAAGGGAAACUGACGUGGUGAUGUUUAGUGGUGGUGGAAGGUCGAGAAAAACCGGAAAAUCAACAGAAGUCAUGUCGAAAAUUGUAAAGAGUUCGGGUCAGGAGUUGGGUCGCGAGGGGGAAAUGGGUCGCGCUGGGUUCUCUCGUCUCUUCUCUGAUUAGUCACCUCAUUAUCACUCUCUAUCUCUCUCUAAUUGGCCCCUCCCCAAAAUAAUGGGAGCUUCUAAUUAUAUAUUAAACAUAUAUAUAUAUAUAUAUAUUUUAAUCAAACUUAUAACUUCUGUAACUUAUUUGUUAUCACUUCGGUUCGUGAAUAGCUUUUGCCUACGCGCUCGUGGAAUUUAGUUCUAUUCAAAAACACU